AUGAACGCUCUCAAUGUUUUUUUCGUAUUUUAUGCGUUAUAUAUUACUACAUUUUUUUUUAACCCUUGUUUUUGUGAAGAUGAAAAUGAUUAUUUAGGCUCAAUUGAUUAUUCAGAACAAAGUGUCAGCACAUUAAAAAACGUUGAUAGUGCUGUAGAAAAAAAAAGAAAGAAGAAAAAAGUUGCAAUUGCUUUAUUGUCAUCAGGGAUUGUGGCAAGUAUUCUUGGGGUACUUUAUUGUAUGUAUAGAUCGUCCAAUAGAGAAAGAUAUAAUUGGACUCGAAAUCUUGAUUUUUUAUACUCUAAUAAACAAAAAGAAUAUGAGCAACCUGACGGCGAAAAGCCAAGUACUAGCACAGAAUAUACCGAGCCAUUAGGAAUAAAUAAAGUAAAUAUAAAAGGAAAAUUAAAAGAAAACACUAAUGAAACCGACAUUCCUUUGAAAAGGUUUAAUGCAUUUAUGGAUAAUGUGAAAGUGGCUGCUAAACACCAUUUCAAUGAUUUAUCAAAUGAACAACAAAAAUAUUUAAUCAAUGAUUAUGAUUAUAUAAGGAAAAUUGUUCAGACUUUAGAUGAAAAUAGGAACACUAAUAUUUCAAGAAUGCAAGAAGAUAUGGCAGUUUUAAACGUGGAGUAUUUUCUUAAAGAACAAUAUCAACAAAAUAUGGAUAUAAAAUUAUAA